UAUUAAUUAAGGUUUCAAGCUUGACUUAUUGGCAUGGCUGAAUUUUUAGCCUCUAUUCACGGGACUGAAAAGGACAAAGUUAAUUGUCCUUUUUAUUAUAAAAUCGGUGCCUGCCGGCACGGCGAUCGUUGUUCUCGCAUUCACAAUCGACCUCCUUUUAGUCAAACCAUUCUUUUACAAAACUUCUAUCAAAAUCCACAACGCGUGGAUGGAACUGGAAGUGUUUUUGCUCCAGAAAAAGAAAAAGCAUACUUUGAAGAAAUUUAUGAAGAUAUUUUUGUAGAACUUCAAGAGAAAUAUGGAGAAAUAGAUGAAAUGAAUAUUUGUGAUAACAUUUGCGGUCAUCUCCUUGGAAAUGUUUAUGUGAAGUUUCGGGAUGACGAUGACGCCAACAAGGCAAUGGAAGAUCUUAAUAAUCGUUGGUUCGCAGGAAGGCCCAUUCACGUGGAAUUAUCACCCGUUACGGAUUUUCAGGAGGCCUGUUGUCGCCAGUAUGAGAAAAAUGAGUGCGAUCGUGGAGGCACCUGCAACUUUAUGCAUGUGAAGCAGAUUUCAUUGGAGUUGGCAGAAAGACUUUACGGGAGAGGAAGAAGACUCCCGAGUUAUUUGCUGAAUCGGAAGGCAUUAAGAGAGGAAAGAGAAAAAGAAAGAGAGAAAGAAAGAGAGAAAGAAAGAGAGAAAGAAAGAGAGAGAGAAAGAGAGAGAGAAAAAGAACGAGAGCGAGAAAGAGAAGAAAGAGAACGAAGAA